UAAACAGUUGAUAUUUGAACGUUUAACAAAGAGGAUCUUAGUGUUAAUUUAUGCGAGAAAAAAAUGUCUUCCUCUAACCUCCCUGACACAUUUACCCCGGAAUUUCACGAUGAGGAAUUGUGUAGAAAAAUGGAAUAUCGCAUUUUAGGACGUACGGGUCUUAAAGUCUCCAAAGUUUCUUUGGGCACCGGAACUUUAAGUUCUUUUUAUGGUGACCUUGAUGUUAAAGAGGCUAUUGCUACUAUACAUAAGGCACUUAAAGCCGGUAUAAAUUAUAUAGAUACUGCUCCCUAUUAUGGUCUCGGACGUUCGGAAGAAGUUUUGGGCAUGGCUUUAAAAGAUGUACCACGUUCCGCCUAUUAUGUGGCCACUAAAGUGGGUCGUUAUAAUCCCACCUAUGAGGGUAUGAUUGAUUUCUCCGCAAAAAAAACACGCCAAAGUGUAGAGGAAAGUUUGCAACGUUUGGGUUUGGAUUAUGUGGAUAUAAUACAGAUUCAUGAUAUAGAAUUUACAAAAAAUUUUGAUAUUGUUAUCAAUGAAUGUUUACCUGAAUUGGAGAAAAUUGUUAAGGAAGGCAAGGCUAGAUUUAUAGGUGUCACUGCUUAUCCUUUAAAAGCUUUAAAGGAGUGUAUUGAAGCGGCCAAUGGAAGAUUUGAUACCGUUUUAUCCUAUGCCCGCUACACCCUGUGUGACGACUCUCUAAAAUCUUAUCUUGAUUUCUUUCACAACGAAAACCUGGGCAUCGUGUGUGCCAGUGCUCAUGCACUUGGCCUUCUAACGAAUGGCGGUCCACAACCCUGGCAUCCUACAAACGAUGAACAUAAGCAGUUAUGCCGGAAGGCAGCCAACAUUUGCAAAGAGGCUAACAUCGAACUUGGCAAACUGGCCAUGUAUUAUUGCAUGCAAUUGGAUGGUGUUGCAACAUUUCUAACUGGUAUGCAAACCCGCCAACUGUUGGACAUAAAUUUGGAGGCAUUUUAUAAUGGGCUCAAUAAAAAGGAACAGGAAGUUUUGCAACUUUUAAAAGAAACUGUCUUUACCAAGUCCAUCAACUGGGAGGGCUUUGAACUUGAACGCUACUGGGCAGCCAUGGACAAAAAGAAGGAAACGACCACAUAAUGAUUUUUGUUUUAUUUUAUAAUUUACUUAAAAUUGUUCACAUCUUUUAUAAAUAAAUAAAGUUAUUUUAGAUCGCA